GUUUUUAAUAAAAUUUUAACAAACUGUCCUUUUUGCUAUAAUUUAAAUUUUAAUAUUCUUUUUAAAUUUUUUUCAGGAGCCUGUACUUUUAAGAAACCUAUGCAGGGCCGAUGGUUUCAAAGCGGCAUGCCAAAUGUUUUACUCAUCAACGGGUCCUAUUUGGAAAGUAAGGGCGAAUGCUAUGAAGAAAGUGGUGAUAAAUACCUAGUUUAUGACAGACACGAUGAUUGUUAUAGAUGUAUGGCCAUACAUGUAAAACAUAGCAGUGUUCUACAAUAUAAAGAGACAUACUGUGACAAAAAAUCAUCCAUAACCGACAUGUGUAACGGAAUUUCUGGUGACGCGCAACUUUUUAGCAUGUUUAGAAAAUACCCAGAGACUAAACCUAUACCCUGUCCAUUUAAAAGUGCCCCCUUUACGUUUAUUUAUAACAGGGGGGCAGGGGAAUGCAGUAAUCCACCGAGUAAAGCCGAAAGUUGUACCGAUGAUUCACGAAUGGUGUUCAAAUACCAAGCGUGUCCAGAUAUACCGUCUUCAGAGAGCAAUGUCGAAGAACUAAUAUGCCUCGCAACAUGGAAAGAAGGCUCGACCAGAUAUCUCAUAGGAAAAAUGGCACAAGGUGGAAGAAGAAGUUUAACUUCUGAUGAAGAUCAAUACAGAUGUUUUAUAUAUCAAAGAAGUGUAGAAAAUGGAAAAGUUGUCUAUAAUAUAGCUCAGUCAGGGGAUGCUAGCUGUACAGGGGUCUCCAAUGCUUUUGAAGGCAGCAGAAUAAUGAAGCUAACAACAGUUGACAACCAUCACAACCGUUGCAAGUUCCCCGAAUGGAUAACCGAUCACCACACGUGGUUGAGUUUGGACCACAGAAAAACGUACAAGUUCUCGCAAAGAAAUGCAACUUUAAAGAUUUUGGACGAGGAUCCCCCGAAGCCGAAGAAAAUACCGCAAAUAAAUCUGGCGAACCAGGCGGCCUACGCGUUUCAACAGUUUGGGUUCGAGUCCCAGGAUCAAAGAAGGAACACCGAGAUGAGGGUUGUUUGUCACAGCAUUUUGCAAGCGCAGGAGCAUAAAAAGGUUCAGAUAGUCGCCCAUGUCACCUCAGGAUGUGACAGUGGCUAUGUAUGCAUGGUUUUUUACAAGAGGGACUCAAAUGUCAUUGAAAUCCAACAAUCUGAUAACAUGGUGGAAAAUGAAGAUGCUUGCAAUCAAUUCGACCCAUCCACUUCAACUUUCACAACAUUGAUAACAACAAAUCUGCACUCCAAAAAAUGUCCGCAUCUGGGUAAAUACAGCAUUCAACAUUCGUUAAAUUCGGCGGAAGAAAAACGCAAGAAACGCGAAAAACCCAACGAAGAUUUGAACGUAUUAACGCAGCCAGAAGAAGAAGAAUGUCAAAAUGACGACUACCAGGCUUUGUCAGUCGGAUGCAGCGGCUCAAGCGAGAUGGAGUUCAAAAAUACGUGCAAAAGACAUUCUAUAACAUCAUUUCAAUGUCACGGACACUGGGAAGAAAACGGGCUUAGCUACAUCAUAGCAACGCCCACCCAAAGAAAAUCCAUGGACGCGCUGCGCUACUGCUUCAUAUAUCAAAUCACAAGCCAACCUCAAAGUGACGUAAUCGAGGGCACCCUGGGGAGAGUAGGGCCGCCCGUUUUGAGGCUAUCUAGCGCCACUGACAGCUGUCACAGACACAUCAUACCUGGAGUGACGGGUAGUCAAGCUUACAACUUCACUAGCAAUGGUACAUGUGCAGAAUACGACGAGCUUAGCGCAGCAGUGAUUUUCGUACCAGCUCUAGUUUUAAUUUUGUCCACGUUGGCAGCAGUGUUGGUUUUAAGAUGA